CAACUGGUAACAGGCAAGAUGCAGGGCUCAGAGUUGACUUUGGAGAAAGUAGACUUCAUCUGGACAGGAGCACAGCCCCUAGCUGGCGGUAAUUCCAGCGGGGAACGAAAUGUGCCAGGAGGUAAAACGCCGCCCGGUCGCCCCCAGCCUGACUCCGGCCGUCGCCACCGCUGCCGGGGAGAGGAGGGCCAUGAUCCAAAGGAACCAGAGCAGUUGAGGAAACUGUUUAUUAGUGGUAUGAGCUUUGAAACUACAGAUGAUAGUUUGAGAGAACAUUUUGAGAAAUGGGGCACACUCACAGAUUGUGUGGUAAUGAGAGACCCCCAAAUGAAAUGUUCCAGGGGCUUUGGUUUUGUGACUUACUCUUGUGUUGAAGAAGUGGAUGCAGCAAUGUGUGCUCGACCACACAAGGUUGAUGGGCGUGUUGUGGAACCAAAGAGAGCUGUUUCUAGAGAGGAUUCGGUAAAACCUGGUGCCCAUCUAACGGUGAAGAUUUUUGUUGGUGGUAUUAAAGAAGAUACAGAGGAAUAUAAUUUGAGAGACUACUUUGAGAAGUAUGGCAAGAUUGAAACCAUAGAAAUUAUGGAAGACAGGCAGAGUGGAAAAAAAAGAGGAUUUGCUUUUGUAACUUUCGACGAUCAUGAUACAGUUGAUAAAAUCGUUGUUCAGAAAUACCACACUAUUAAUGGGCAUAGUUGUGAAGUGAAAAAGGCCCUUUCUAAACAAGGGAUGCAGUCUGCUGCUGGAUCACCAAGAGGCCGGGGGGGAUCUGGCAACUUUAUGGGUCGUGGAGGAAACUUUGGAGGUGGUGGAGGUAAUUUUGGCCACGGUGGAAACUUUGGUGGAAGAGGAGGCUAUGGUGGUGGAGGUGGUGGCAGCAGAGGAAGUUAUGGAGGAGGUGAUGGUGGUUACAAUGGUUUUGGAGGUGAUGGUGGCAACUAUGGUGGUGGUCCUGGUUAUAGCAGCAGAGGAGGCUAUGGUGGUGGACCAGGAUAUGGAAACCAAGGUGGUGGACAUGGUGGAGGAGGAGGAUAUGAUGGUUACAAUCAAGGAGGAAAUUUUGGAGGUAACUAUGGUGGUGGUGGAAACUACAAUGAUUUUGGUAAUUAUAGUGGACAACAGCAAUCAAAUUACGGGCCCAUGAAAGGGGGCAGUUUUGGUGGAAGAAGCUCAGGCAGUCCCUAUGGUGAUGGUUAUGGAUCUGGUGGUGGUAGUGGUAGAUAUGGUAGCAGAAGGUUCUUAAAAAAAAAAAAAAACAGAAAAGGGCUACAGUUCUUAGCAGGAGAGAGAGCGAGAAGUUGUCAGGAAAGCUGCAGGUUACUUUAAGACAGUCGUCCCAAAUGCAUUAGAGGAACUGUAAAAAUCUGCCACAGAAGGAAUGAUGCCAUAGUCAGAAAAGUUACUGCAGCUUAAACAGGAAACCCUUCUUGUUCAGGACUGUCAUAGCCACAGUUUGCAAAAAGUGCAGCUAUUGAUUAAUGCAAUGUAGUAUCAAUUAGAUGUAUAUUCCUGAGGUCUUUAAUC